UUUGUAGGUGAGAGAUGGCGCAAAUUUUGCUUCAUGGGACUCUCCACGCCACCAUCUACGAGGUUGAUAAGCUCAACGCUGGUGGUGGUGGGAAUUUUUUCAGCAUGAUCAAGCAAAACAUUGAGGAGACAGUUGGUCUUGGAAAGGGAGUUACUAAACUUUAUGCAACCAUUGAUCUGGAGAAGGCAAGAGUGGGAAGGACCAGAAUGAUAGAAAAUGAACGUACUAAUCCCAAAUGGUAUGAGUCUUUUCACAUUUAUUGUGCCCAUAUGGCUUCAAAUGUUGUAUUCACUGUGAAAGAUGAUAAUCCUAUUGGAGCAACUUUGAUUGGAAGAGCAUAUGUGCCCGUUGAGGAGCUCUUGGAUGGUGAAGAAAUAGAUAAAUGGGUUGAAAUCUUGGAUAAGGAUAAAAAUCCAAUACAUGAGGGUUCAAAGAUCCAUGUGAAGCUGCAAUAUUUUGAUAUCACAAAAGAUCGCAACUUUGCUCGAGGCAUUAGAAGUCCUAAAUUUCCUGGAGUUCCCUAUACUUUCUUCUCACAAAGGCAAGGAUGCAGGGUAUCUCUGUACCAAGAUGCUCAUGUGCCAGAUAAUUUUGUCCCUAAAAUACCACUUGCUGGAGGCAAGAAUUAUGAGCCUCAUAGGUGUUGGGAGGAUAUUUUUGAUGCAAUCACUAAAGCAAAACACUUAAUAUACAUUACUGGUUGGUCUGUUUAUACUGAAAUUUCCUUGGUAAGGGAUUCUAGGAGGCCAAAGGCUGGGGGAGACACAACACUUGGUGAGCUUCUCAAGAAAAAGGCAAUUGAAGGUGUAAGGGUUUUGAUGCUUGUUUGGGAUGAUAGAACAUCAGUUGGUUUGUUGAAAAAAGAUGGAUUGAUGGCUACUCAUGAUGAAGAAACUGCCCAGUUCUUCAAUGACACUGAAGUGCACUGUGUUUUAUGCCCCCGUAAUCCUGAUGAUGGAGGUAGCAUUGUUCAAGAUUUACAAAUUUCUACCAUGUUUACUCAUCACCAGAAGAUUGUGGUGGUUGACAGUGAGUUGCCAAAUGGAGGGUCAGAUAGGCGAAGACUUGUGAGUUUUGUUGGGGGCAUUGAUCUUUGUGAUGGAAGAUAUGAUACAGCCUUUCACUCACUUUUCAGAACCCUUGACACAGCACACCAUGAUGAUUUUCAUCAACCUAACUUUCCUGGUGCUGCAAUCACAAAAGGUGGUCCCAGGGAACCUUGGCAUGACAUUCACUCCCGGCUUGAAGGACCAAUAGCAUGGGAUGUUUUGUUUAACUUUGAGCAGAGAUGGAGGAAGCAAGGUGGAAAGGAUUUACUUGUUCCACUGAGAGAGCUUGAAGAUGCCAUUAUCCCUCCAUCUCCAGUAAUGUUUCCUGAUGAUCAUGAGACAUGGAAUGUUCAGUUAUUUAGAUCUAUUGAUGGUGGGGCUGCUUUUGGUUUCCCAGAGACUCCUGAAGAUGCUGCCAGAGCUGGGCUUGUUAGUGGGAAGGAUAAUAUCAUUGAUCGAAGCAUUCAAGAUGCGUAUAUUAAUGCUAUUCGACGUGCAAAGAAUUUCAUCUAUAUUGAAAAUCAGUAUUUCCUUGGAAGCUCUUUUGCCUGGAGUGCUGAGGAUAUUAAGCCCGAAGAUAUUGGUGCUUUGCAUGUAAUCCCAAGGGAACUUUCACUUAAGAUUGUUAGUAAGAUUGAAGCUGGGGAAAGGUUCACGGUGUAUGUUGUGGUUCCAAUGUGGCCAGAGGGUGUCCCAGAAAGUGCAUCAGUUCAGGCAAUAUUGGACUGGCAGAAGAGAACAAUGGAGAUGAUGUACAAGGACAUUAUUCAGGCACUGAGGGCUAAGGGAAUUGAGGAUGAUCCUCGGAACUAUUUGACAUUCUUCUGCCUAGGUAAUAGGGAAGUGAAGAAACAAGGAGAGUAUGAGCCUACUGAACAACCAGAACCUGAUUCAGAUUAUAAGAGAGCCCAAGAAGCUCGGCGUUUCAUGAUUUAUGUUCAUACCAAGAUGAUGAUAGUUGAUGACGAAUACAUAAUCAUUGGAUCUGCCAACAUCAACCAGAGAUCAAUGGAUGGUGCCAGGGAUUCUGAGAUUGCAAUGGGUGCUUAUCAGCCCUAUCAUUUGGCUACCAGGCAACCUGCAAGGGGUCAGAUUCAUGGUUUCCGCAUGUCAUUGUGGUAUGAACACCUUGGCAUGCUUCAUGACUCCUUCUUCCAGCCAGAAAGUGAAGAAUGUGUUAAUAAGGUGAACCAGAUUGCUGACAAGUAUUGGGAUCUCUAUUCUAAUGAGUCACUUGAGCAUGACCUUCCUGGACACCUGCUCCGCUAUCCUAUCGGGGUUUCCGGGGAAGGAGAUGUCACAGAGCUGCCAGGAUUUGAAUUCUUCCCUGACACCAAGGCUCGUGUUCUUGGUGGCAAAGCUGACUACCUCCCCCCUAUCCUUACUACUUAGUUUGAUUUUGUACUUUUGUUCACAAAACUGUGACUGCUUAUAUCCUAAUCUUUGUUUUCAUUACUAUUUGUGGUGUUAGAGUAAUAAUCUUAAUGUAGUAUGUGAUGUCUUGUGGAGAUGUUUUUGUUUUUUCUGAAGAUGGCAA